UCUAAUGUUCUUUUUACAUUUGGCAGCUUCCCAGUAUCCUCCAAAAUGAGAUGUACACAAUAUGCUGCACAUGGAGUCCAAAACAAAUACUUAUUUUGAGGUUGUGGCAAUUUGCUUGCCAAGACAUCAUUGUUGCCUCAAGACAUCAUUGUUGCCUUUGUUAGUGAUCACUUGAAUGACAUAUUUCUCUUCAAUUCUCUCCAUAAAGGCAGUUCAAACAAAAAGGAGAAAUUGUCUACAUAAAAAAAAAAAAAAAGGGAAUGAUUUGGCAUUUGUCAUGUACAACUUGAAAUUGAAAGACAAACAAGUGAGGAAGUAAGUUGAGUUAGAUGAUAUCUCUUUAGAUGAUGAAUGGCUAGUUGACUCCCAAACAAAUGACGAAUUAAUAUAUCUUAAAAGUGAAGAUGACGUGGAAGAUGAUUUUGUAGAGAUGACAAAGAAGAUGAAUUGGAGAAGCAUGAUUCAUUGGAGAGCACUUUUGUUGAUGAUGAGGAUGAUGAGGAAAAUCAAGAUGUAGAAGCUAAAGAAAACAAUGACAUGGAGGAUGCUUUUUGAGUUGUUAUUUUGAUGGUUUUUUACUAUAUGCAAUUAUUGUUUAGCUUUUAAAUUAUAUUAUGAACUAUUAAGUAAAAUCUUGAUUUUGACAACCUUGAUGGUUGUGAGGAAGAGGAUAAACAAGAUCAAAACAAGGGAUCUAAUUAGUUUAUCUACGCAAGAACUAGUUGACUAUGAUCAUGAUAAUGAGGGUUGUGAUGGAGGAUUGAUGGAACAUGCAGUUGCCUUCUUAAUUAAGAGUGGUGGUCUGACUUCUGAGAAGAACUAUCCCAUUGAAGCCAAAUCUGAAUCCUAUGACUCCUCCAAGUUGCAAGGAAUUCCUAUUCUAAUCUAAGGAGUCCUUAUUGAAAGCUGUGGCACAAACCUAGACCAUGGGGUGGCAAUUGUGGGAUAUGGACAAACCUAGGAUGGAACCAAGUACUAAAUUGUGAAGAACUCA